AUGGAUCCCAGAGAAACUACCGUUGCGGUUUCUCCACGAGUUGCCCUACAGAAUGACCUCAGCCCAGGUCAAGCCUGUAAAAGGUUUUCUACACCACUCGUCGUGAUCGCAUGUGCCGCAGCGCGUACACGAUCAGACCUUUGGCUUUUCAGGCGAAAAUGUCGAGAGUAUCCAGAAAUACUCAGUGAUGGUUUAGUGAGAAGAUUCUCAGAGAGCAUCUGCCACAAGAUUUUUAUGCUCAGAGGGGUAUACAUUGGUUAUAAAGCCACCGUCGAGCAGUACCGGAACGAGAUCGCAGUAGCAAAGCUUUUCCGUGGAGCCGCUCCGAGCCUUGGUGACCUCCUGGAUACCGCAGAGGCUUCCGUGUCAAACCUCGAGGCCGAAUGGCAUUAUUCAAGGCUGGAACUUGGCUCUCCUUUUUUGCUGGUUUCCUUCGUGGCGGAAGGGCACAUGGUACCCACGCGAUCUUCCAGGGAGAUCCUUCUCCAGCUUAUUCUUGGGAGAAAGACAUUCAGAGACAGGCUAUCUAGCACAAAUCCAGCAAACUUUCUUGGGAACAUUGGAGACCGUGUCGAUCUACCAUUCGAGCCUUUACAGCAGGCUGACAUCGUUAAGUUGGCUCUCAAGAAACCCGUCGCCGAUGGCUCGAUAAAAAUGUUGUUCGUUUGCUACCACGAUAUCCCAAGCAAUCAAUCGCGACGAAUGGUUGUUGGUGCCAACCAAGAGAAUUGGGAGGGCCUGAAGGAAAUCGGCGAUAUCCGUCGAAGAGACCGAGAUUAUCGCCUGGAACCCUAUAUCCCUCGGGCGUGGGCUGCCUAUAAGGCACUUCGAGACCACGAGAUCCAAGAGGCAGGAGCUAUUAACCACAAAGAUUAUAGCACCUUGCAGCUUGGUGCUUUGAGGGUCCGGUUAGCCGAAGAUAUGAGGGGACACCCUUCAUUCCUUGGCCGCAGGAACGAGCACGGCCAGGCUUUCACCACCGGAGGUGAAUCCCAUCCAUGCUGCUACGUUUGUAGUGGUAUGAUGGGUUACCGAGUUCAUAUGGCGUGGGAUCGACAACGAGAGAGGCUAUACUUUGGCAGCUUCGACUUCAAGCGCAGGGGUGAUUACCCGCAUUCCUGUGCUGAGGUCGCCGCUAGCCAACAGUGCGCUAUGUACCUAGUGAAGAAUGGGCUUCACGAAAAAUAUUAA